CCGCUAGCUAAUUCCGGGGAGCGCGCUUUGGCUUUGCCUUGUGUACAGCGUGGGCCUUCCUGGACCACGGCACGCAAGCAGCAGUCAGCACAGCUUCAGCCGCAGCCAUGGAGGAAGCCAAAAAGGACGACGAGGUGACCAUCGCAGAUCUCAAAGAAGUGAUCGAUGGCCAGUCGCACCGCAUCGACGCCUUGACAAGUUUAGUAAGAGCGCAGCAGGUCACGAUGGACCGUUUGCUGCGCGCCGUCGAGAAGGGCGCCGCCAUACCAUCAACAGCCGCGCUCCCACCGCCCGCGCCCCAAGCCUACGCCGCCGCGAGCCCCACCAGACAGGCCUACGCGCCCUCCACGAGCUCGCGCACGGGCCCGACGGGCUACGGCGCCCAGCCCGCGGCGUACGGCCCCGGGUCGGCGAGCGACCCGAGCGCCGCGCGCGCGCGGGAGCACGCCCAGCGUUUAGAAGCGGAGCGCCAGCGCGGCGAGGCGGCGAGACGAGCCCACGCCGAGCGUUUGGCCCAAGAGCAGCGCGAGCGCGAGGCUCGCGCGCAACGGGAACGGGAGCGCCAGGACCAACUAAGAAGGGAGGCCGAGGCGCGCGCCGAGGCGCAGCGCAAGGAACGCGAGGCCCUCGCGGCCAAGCGCGCGGAAGAGGCGCGCCUGAAGAAGGAGGCCGAGGAGGCCGAGCGGCGCAAAAUUGAAGCGGCAAAAAAGGCCCAGCAGGCCAAGCUCGCGGCGUCGCGGUCCAAGGUCCUCGGCGAUUUGGUAGGCUCGGACGACGAGGGCGAGAACUCGCUCUUCGGGAGCUCGCCGAAGGCGCCCGCGUCGACGUCGUCGCUGUUCGACUAAGUAUCUAGGUACACAGU